GCUCAACUUUUUAAGUGAAAAUAUUAUCGUCUCCAUUAGAAGAAAAAAAUUAAAAAAUAAUUUAAUUGCUUCUGUUGAGUAUUUUUCUUCAUCAUAAUGGCUCAAUCACCAACAGGAGGAGUGAAAGCAUUCCCAAUAGGAGGACGUUUAGUCCGGGAACGCGAGAGAUUGCGUGGAAUGACCGAUCAGGAACGUGCAUGGAGAAAACAAUAUCUUAAAGAUCAAAUUCUAUCAGAAAGCGAACCUCGUUAUGUUCCUGAAUAUUGGAAAGAAAUUACAAAUCCAAUUCGUCGCUUUUAUCAAUGGCCAUUAGUAACUGUUGAAAACAAUAUUAGACCAAUGAUUGGAGAACAUGCCGCAAAACACGUUCGAUUCUGGACUGGAAAGUUCGUCAUGUUUACAUUUGGAAUUUAUGCUGGUUAUUAUUAUUUCAAAUAUCAUCAAAAUGAUUGGACCAGAAAGAGAGGCUGGCGAGUUAUUAGUUCUAGAACAGCUUGCCUUCCAGGUGAUGAAGGAUAUCCAAAAUUGAGCGAUAGAUCGAAACCAUCUGAUUAUGCUGCUCGUGGUUUCAAAGAUUCACCUAUUUAAAUAAUUUCGAAGUAAAUUUUGUGUAGAUUGAAAAUAUGAGAGAAAUAAAAUGAACGAGACAGAAGUUCGUUCUGUUUCAUUUUUUUUUGUUGCUAUAAAACAUAUGAA